UACGCCAGACAGUGCACAUCGCUCUGUACGAGAAUAUUUGUUUUAUUAUUAGGUUUACCUGCAGCAGGGCAAUUUUUCUGCUCUUGCUGUGUUCGAAUAAUCCUUACUCAUGUAUUGAAAAUUGGUUUAAAUUGCAGUGUUGAAUAGUGAACUAUUGUGACAAAACGUAUAUCACGAGUCAUAUACCAUGUUUGAUGUUUUCGGUUCAGUAAAAGGGCUUCUAAAGCUCGACCAAGUAUGCAUCGACAACAAUAUAUUUCGUCUCCAUUACAAAGCAACCGUAGUCAUUUUGAUAGCGUUUUCGCUAUUGGUUACUUCGAGGCAAUAUAUUGGAGAUCCAAUUGAUUGCAUCGUCGAUGAGAUCCCUUUGAACGUAAUGGAUACUUAUUGCUGGAUUUACUCAACUUUCACCAUUCCAAAUCGUUUAACUGGAGUAGCAGGCAAAGACAUAGUUCAGCCCGGUGUGUCUAAUCACGUCGACGGCCAUGAUGAAGUUAAAUAUCAUAAGUACUACCAGUGGGUCUGCUUCGUACUCUUUUUCCAAGCCAUGUUAUUUUAUGUUCCACGCUACCUUUGGAAAACUUGGGAAGCUGGUCGCAUUAAAAUGCUUGUACUGGAUCUUAACAUGCCGGUAGUAAAUGACGAAUGCAAAGAUGAAAGGAAAAAAAUUCUAGUUGAUUACUUUGUGGAAAAUAUAAAUCGGCACAAUUUCUAUGCAAUACGAUUUUUCAUAUGUGAAGUGCUUAACUUCGUCAAUGUUCUUGGUCAAAUUUAUUUCAUGGAUUUCUUCCUUGACGGUGAGUUUUCUACUUAUGGAAGCGAUGUAGUACGUUUUACUGAAAUGGAACCCGAAGAGAGGGGAGAUCCGAUGGCCCGAGUAUUCCCAAAAGUGACGAAAUGUACAUUCCACAAAUAUGGUCCAUCAGGAAGCGUGCAAAAGUUCGAUGGCCUCUGUGUUCUUCCAUUAAACAUCGUAAAUGAAAAAAUUUAUGUAUUUUUGUGGUUCUGGUUUAUCAUUCUAACCAUAUUAUCUGGAGCAUCUAUAUUAUACCGUUUUGCUGUGGUAUUUAUGCCGAAGGUGCGUCUUUACCUGUUGCGAGCAAGAUCUCGACUUUCUGCUCACGAGGAAGUGGAGUUAAUUUCUUCAAAAUGUCACCUGGGCGAUUGGUUCGUUUUAUAUCAACUUGGAAAAAAUAUUGAUCCUCUAAUUUAUAAAGAAAUUAUAUCAGACCUCUCUCUGAAAUUAGAGGGUAAGGAGAUGGUAUAAAAAUUCGAAGAAUAAAAGUGAGUAACGAGUGGUGGUUCAUCGAUCAGGAAUUUAAUAUAUAUGGAGAUCUCUUCAAAAAGCAGCCUAAGAAAAAAGAAGAAAAAAAAAGCAGGAAAACCAACAUGACAGAUGCAUGGAAUUCUAACAGCGAUGAUCAAUAUGGAAACCUUGCAGGAGAAAUUAAGUUUGCCUUAAUAUGUCUUCAUAUAUUGGUAACACCUAUUUUGAAACAGUUAAGCCCAAGUUGGAUGCAACUGCGGUAUAUCUUUUAAGAUCUGUAGUAUUUUUACAUUUCUGAUCAAGGGGCCCUCAACAUACGCAUUCAUAAAUUUCAAUGAAUUUCAUUUAAUUGAACUCGUAACAAGCAUAUCAGUUUUACAUUCCUUUUCAUAAUACAACUUUACCAGGUCUCAAAUUGAUGAAAACUGUGACCGGUUUUUUAUUCAAAAGGUUUCAAGUGUAUAGUAUAAUGAGUGACUGAUCCAGAAAUCAAAUAUUCCGACCUUUUUAAAAACAAAGCACAAUUUACACUUUUAAGUAAUUAUUUCCGCCAAACAUUUCUAAACGAUAAACGUAAUAACGUUUUUGGUUGCCAUUGCCAUUACAUUUAAAGCUCUUAGAACUUGUUGAUAAAAUAAAUUAUGCGUGAAGUUCAAUCGGUGAAAUAUACCUACAAUCAGAUAAACCAGAAUAUAGAUUUGUUUGGCUAAAAUUACAGCGAAAAAUAUCCGUAAUAAUAAAACAAGGCAAUUUAUUAGUUUCAGAAAUUCCUCUAAUUGAAAUUCUUGGCAUAUUCCACCUUUUAUUUGAUACUACUGCUUCAUAACUGGAAUCGUACAAGUCUUCAAAAUAAAACAAUAAAGAUAAUAUCCAUGAUAAUAAGUACACACGGUUAUAUGUGGCACAAUUGAUAAAUCUCAAUCUUUAUUUUAUAGCGGUUUAUUCCAAAUGUUACAAUUCAAACUAAUAAUCACGAAAACUGAUGCAUUUGAUUAGGAAUUUAUUGAAGCGCCAAACAUUCAUUUUUAGAAUGACUGUAUGAUUAGUAAAAAAUAUGUGAUUCAAGUUUAAUAUCAUUAUACAAGACAUUAUGUAAGAAAUUUUGCUUUUACAAACGUUGUCAUGAGAAAUAAGAAAUUUAUGUGCCUUGUGUGAUUCAUACCAUUUAAAAUUCGUAAUAAACUGUAACACUCAUGCUUGCAUAUCUGUCUUAAGUGAACAUGUCACACAAUACACACCUGCUAAAAAACUGAUAGCUAAAAAAUAAAACUUGGAUGAACUGAAAUGUUUUGAUAUUAGUCUAAAAACAUUGACUAAGCGAAGGUGGGACUCGAACCCACAACUCCCAAUCUCCGCUCGACCUAAUAUCAAGAAUUUUUAGUGCAUCCCAUUUUUCACUUUUUGCAUUAAGCAUUUCUCUUCCAAAAAAGAAAAGUAACGCUCGACUGCUAUAGAGUCAAUCAAAAAUAAGAAGAUUUAAACAGAUGGACACAAGAAAGCCUAAAUUAUUGUUUACGAUAUUUCUCUUAUAUAAUGCUAGGGCAAACAAGUUAUAAAGCUUUUACUAUACACGAAAAGUUUUUAGACCAUAUUUUUGGAAGCAUUUUCGAAAUAACGUAUAGUUUUAAAAAUAAACUAAUAAAGAAGAUGGCAAAAUAAAUUUUAUUAGUCUAGUUUCUAGAGCAAACGUAAUGAGUUCCGAAACUAUCACUACAUAUACAGCCUUA